AUGGCAUCAUUGGGUCUUCAUUUACUCACAAUUGUACUUGGUGCUUUUUUUAUUUUUCUUGGACAUCUUAACGUAACACCACAGUUCUUUCCAGAAUAUCAUAAGCAUAUUAAAAACGAAUUUGGUAAAUACAAUAAGGAAUUUCCAUUUUAUCGUCAAACAAAUUUUCGUCCAUAUGCCAAAAAUUAUCGUUUAAGUGUUGGAAUAACAGAAAUUAUUUGUGGUGCAUUGUUGAUUUUAGGCGGAGGCUUCUUGAAAACAUUAUCAAAUAUCAUUCUGUUGGCUAUUAGCUCUUUAGCGGUAAUGACAUUUCAAAAGUUAAAUUAUCCAAUGGAAUAUACAGGAGCCACCCUAUUAAUUAGCUUUUUAUUAGUAACACGUAUCUUAUUGGCUUUGAAAUCGAAAACAGUCGAAGUUGUUAAAUCGGCAAAGAAAAAUGUAGAAAAAAAAGUCAGUUAA